AGGCGGCUGCUAAUAAAGUUGUUGUUCAAACAUUGCCGGAAAUGUCGUGGAGUGGCCAAUCAAGUUACAAAUUUAUCGGCGGCAAGUAAAACGUCAUCAAAGAGCGCCGAAGCUCUGGGGAAGCGGAUUUCUUAGAAACGAUCGUGAGAGGAUUGAAGCGGUCUUGGGAUGUCUCUGGCAGAUGAGCUCUUGGCUGACCUUGAGGAGGCAGCAGAAGAAGAAGAAGGAGGAAGCUAUGGAGAAGAAGAGGAGGAGCCAGCAAUUGAGGAUGUACAGGAGGAGACACAACUGGAUCUUUCUGGAGAUUCAGUCAAGAGCAUUGCCAAGCUAUGGGAUAGCAAGAUGUUUGCUGAGAUCAUGAUGAAGAUUGAGGAGUAUAUCAGCAAGCAAGCCAAAGCUUCAGAAGUGAUGGGACCGGUGGAGGCAGCCCCUGAGUACCGAGUCAUUGUGGAUGCCAACAACCUGACUGUGGAGAUAGAAAACGAGCUGAACAUUAUCCAUAAGUUCAUCCGGGAUAAAUACUCAAAGAGAUUCCCUGAGCUAGAAUCCUUGGUGCCCAACGCUCUGGAUUACAUCCGCACAGUCAAGGAACUGGGCAACAGCUUGGAUAAGUGUAAGAACAAUGAGAAUCUCCAGCAGAUCCUGACCAAUGCUACCAUCAUGGUUGUUAGUGUUACUGCCUCUACCACCCAGGGGCAGCAGCUGUCAGAUGAGGAACUAGAGCGACUAGAGGAGGCCUGUGACAUGGCACUGGAGCUGAAUGCCUCCAAGCACCGCAUCUAUGAGUACGUGGAGUCCCGGAUGUCGUUCAUUGCACCCAACUUGUCCAUCAUCAUUGGAGCUUCCACGGCUGCCAAGAUCAUGGGUGUGGCUGGAGGGCUGACCAACCUGUCUAAGAUGCCUGCCUGCAACAUCAUGCUGCUGGGAGCCCAGCGCAAGACACUGUCUGGCUUCUCUUCUACCUCAGUGCUGCCUCACACUGGCUACAUCUACCACAGUGACAUUGUGCAGUCUCUGCCCCCAGAUCUUCGGCGGAAGGCAGCCCGCCUAGUGGCUGCCAAAUGUACACUGGCAGCUCGUGUGGACAGUUUCCAUGAGAGCACAGAGGGGAAGGUGGGCUAUGAACUAAAGGAUGAGAUUGAGCGCAAGUUUGACAAGUGGCAGGAGCCACCACCUGUGAAGCAGGUGAAGCCCCUGCCUGCACCCCUUGAUGGGCAGCGGAAGAAGCGAGGGGGCCGAAGGUACCGCAAGAUGAAAGAACGGCUAGGACUGACUGAGAUCCGGAAGCAGGCCAACCGCAUGAGCUUUGGAGAGAUUGAGGAGGAUGCCUAUCAAGAAGACCUGGGCUUUAGCCUGGGCCACUUGGGCAAGUCAGGCAGUGGGCGUGUGCGGCAGACACAGGUGAAUGAGGCCACCAAGGCCAGGAUCUCCAAGACACUACAGCGGACCUUACAGAAACAGAGUGUGGUGUAUGGUGGGAAGUCAACAAUUCGUGACCGCUCCUCGGGGACUGCCUCUAGUGUGGCCUUCACUCCACUCCAGGGUCUGGAGAUUGUGAACCCACAAGCAGCCGAGAAGAAGGUGGCAGAGGCCAACCAGAAGUAUUUCUCUAGCAUGGCCGAGUUCCUCAAGGUCAAGGGUGAGAAAAGUGGCACCAUGUCUACUUGAAGGGGCCCACAGCCCAGGUGGCCAUCCACUGAAAGGACAUAAAGGACUGGAGCUUCUGAAGUGACAGAUAUCCAGCCAGGAAGUUUGGUGUGGUGGAGGCAGCCUUCCAUGCUCUGUCCUUGGCCCAAGGCCACAGCAUCCAAGGAAAAGGAUGAAGAACCUUAGCCUGUCUCCCCCAGCACUCAUGCUGCUGCUGUUCCAAACGGGCAGGAAGGUCUUCCACACACUCAGCUUUUUUACUUACAGGGGAAAAAGGAAGUGCUUUUCUUUUUUUAGACUGAAUACAAUUAAAUACAUAGUGUCUAGCUCUGAACAGAGGGUAUGAUUUGUUUAUGAAAGAACCAGAGGACUCAGAGCUGUGGGGCUUCCAGAGUGAGUAGCAUGGACCCAGCUCUCUUUUGCUCUUGUCCUGGAAUCUAAGAAAAACCCUGUCUAUCUCUUAACACCACACUUACCCCAUGAGAACAUCAGCAUCAUGGCCAAACAGUAUGGCCACCACAAAAUUCCGGACCCAACAAGAGCCAGAGGACUAUUGUCCCUCAGGCUAGAAACUUCCUGUGUCCCAGAUUCACCCACACAAAGUGAAGACUAAAAGGUUUGGGAAGUAUGUCCAGAAAGCACCACCCAGUACUGCAUUCAUGGUGCAGCCUAUUUUUAAUUCAUGUUCGUUAGGGGGCCACACCUAGGUCCUCAGCAAGGGUGAGGCAGGUGGGUACCCUGCCCUAUGAGGUACCAAUGCCAGGUAAGCAAAAGAAGUGCAGUGCACACUACCCAAUUUGAUUUGCAAACUGGGGCUUCAUCAAGGGAAAAGAAGAACAGUGUGAACUGUGUUUGGUGUGUUAUGAAUCUGUAGUUGUGUAGGUGAGGGAGAAUGGCUGCUGGGCUGUUUUCUCUGCCUGAACUUAGCUCUAUUGGUCUGAAUGUAGAUGUAGCUGGCGAGGUCAGGGCUUUCUAUCUUGGGCUUCUUG